GCUCACCGCUUCCAUUGACGAGCUCAUGGGCGCUUAUAGCCUUCUCUAAGAGGCUUAAAUAGUUCCACCAAAGCUCCAAAGCCUCGUUCCUGAACUCGCCAUCGCCAUCGUCAUACAAAUAAUACCCCGCAGUACUUGAACUCAAGUUUGAAGUGAUGUCCACUGCACAGGACCAGAUCUCCAAUCGAAAUACGUCGGAAGGACCAACGCCGCCAAUUCGGAGGACGAGAUCUGCCAACGACCUGGAUACCCUGUCUCGCAAUAACACACCUGCGACCGCCGUAGUUUCGGAGAGUGGUGCGACAGAAUCGAGUGGGAGUGUAAGGCAGGACAGUGUCCCGAAUGUCACUACACCCUUGGGCAUUAUGGAUCCUCCGUCUUCGACCGCUGCUGCUGGUGGAAACAAUGGGGACGGCCCUGGCCCUGUUCGUCGCUUCUUCUCGGCGCUUGGCAUCGGCAGAGGAGCGACGCAAGAGAGGAAGACGCAGCUGUCGCUGGUGUGGAACUUGUGCUGGGGCUUUGCGCAGGUCACAACUAUCGCUACACUAUCCGGUCUGUCAGGGACCGUUUGGAAGAGUCCUAUGUAUCCUGAUCAAACAGAGUGGGACGCCUGUGAUAGACCGCUGGGUAUCUGGGCUUGCUUGUGGGCAGGUCGGGUGAUUCUAGCUUCCGGUCUGGCGUAUUGGGAUUACAAGAGGAGUUGUGCACGAGCUGCCAUCCAAGCAGCACAGAAUCCUGCACAAAUGGCCACUCAAACCGGUGCAUCAUCACCAGCACCUGCGACACCUGGCCUCUUCCCGCUUCAACAACCUUCUAGCCCCUAUGAAACACCUGGGUCAGGUUCCACCAAUAGCCCGAACAACAACAAUAAUAACGACAAUAUUAUCUUGCCGCAUAACCUCCUCUACUCUCGGCUGUCACUGUUCCUGUCACUCGUGACACUGAGCUGGUUUCUGACCGCUCACAUCCUCCAAUACACCUCCCUGAAUACCUGCCGUUAUACGUCUCCCCACGUAUGGUGGCUCACAUUCGGCAUCCUCUGCAUCAUGUAUUUGAUGGUCCUGGAGGUCAUCCUUCUAGGUUUCAUCGUCCUCGUCGUCGCCCCCAUCCUCUUCGUCUUUUGGAACAUCUUCUUGUUCUGCAUUGGUCGACAUCCAGCGCAGAACCCACAUAUGAUCAAACCCGACAUUGGCAAACUCUCCAAAUCAAUCGUCGACCGCAUACCACUUGUUAUGUACAUCCCACCACCUCCUGGCUCCGAGUCAAAUGACAACGCCGAUAACGCAACUACACCUACUUCACCUCAUGCAUACCCGCCCAUCUCGCCUUCACAACAACAGCAACAACCUCAGACGCCUCCACCGAAACGCAGUCGAUUUAGGUUCUUCAAAAGGAAGCCUUCGUCGAAGGAAGCUGGUGCCACAGAGCAGGCGAAUGGUGAUACCACCAACGUCGACCUCGAGAAGGGCAAGGUCGAGCAAGAGGUAUGGGAGGGUAAUUUUGAGAAGGGAGAUUAUCCGUUUGUUGUGUUGGAGGGUAACCGUGCAGCGUGCGCGAUCUGUUUGAUGGACUUUGAAGCACCAAGGCGUAAGGAUGAGGUCCCACCAGAUGCUCCAACAGCCUCGAGUAGCAGCUCGCCAUCACGCUCACCCCCUCCUCUCGCUGACACAAACUCCGCCCAGCCGUUGAAAUUGACGGAUUCUGGCGAGGGCGCUCAACCAUUGCGAUUACUUGCAUGCGGCCAUGUGUUCCAUAAACUGACGAACAUGCCGGUAUAG